AAUUUAAUUAUUACAAUGGAGCAUGACGAUCGUUUUAUACCUACCGCUAGAUUUAAGCGUGUGCCUCGUGCUAAGAAGCCUGAAUCUGAUGAGCGUUUCGCUCGUUUAUUUGAGUCAGACAGCGCGUCGCGCAAGGUUAUUCACAAGAUCGACCCUUUCGGUCGUCCUAUAGGUGAUGUUUCUGAUGCGGAUGCAUCAUCUUCUGAGAGUGAUUCUGAGUUAUCGGUUGAGUCCCCUGACGUUGAACACAACCUUGAGGUGUAUCAAGAUGUGAGUACUUUGGAAUAUGGUGAUGCAAGCAAGCGUAUUGCGGUAGUUGGUUGUGACUGGGAGAACAUUAGUGCAUCUGACUUGUUUGUCUUGUUUGAGACUAUGUUUCGUUCUUUAUCUUCUAUGCACACUUCUUGUGUAAAGCGCGCUGCUAUAUAUCUUUCUGAUUUUGGUGCUGAGCGACUUGAUUAUGAGCGUCUUCACGGUCCUGCAGUUGCGUGUGAUGAUGUUCGUCAUGCUGAGCUUGAUGAGACAGCUCGUCAGGAGGCUUUGCGCAAAUAUCAGCUUGAGCGUUCGCGUUAUUAUUACGGCAUUGUUGAGUUUGACAGUGUCAAUCACGCCAAGUUACUUUACGACGAGAUGGAUGGUGUUGAGGCCUAUUUUGCCUUUGCCGGUUUAGAUUUACGUUUCGUUCCUGAUGACAUUGUUUUUGAGCGUGAUCCUGUAUCUGAAUGUACUGAGAUGCCUACUAAUUAUGAGCCUCCUGCUGAGACUACUUCUGCGUUUCGUCAUUCUCGUGUUGAGUGUAAAUGGGAUCUACCAUCGGCAAAGCGUUUCAAGACGCUUACUAAAAGAUUCAAGGAGAAAGACCUCGAAUCGUUGGAUUUGAGUGAAUAUUUGGCCUCUGAUGACGAAUCGGUUGACGUCGAGGAGUAUAAGAAGCUUGUUCGCGAUGGCGAAGAAUCUAGCGGUAAAAUCAAGUCUAAUGAUGGCGCUGUUGAGGCUACGAUUGGCAAUUAUACUAUAUCAUUUGGUGCGUCUCAGGGCAUCCCUGACUUGGAGGAGGUCAAGGCAACGUUGACUAAGGAUCGGAAGGUACCAUCUUCUAAGCGCAAGAAGUCUAAGAAGUCUUUGGCGUAUGAGGACAAUGAUCCCGAUGAUGAUCGUGACUUUGACGCUCGUUCUUCGCGUGUUCAGCAGCCUGGUUUUGAAGCAAACUUUGAUGACAAUAGGUUUACUCGUGUGUUGAAAGAUCCUGAUUUUGCUAUCGACACCCGUCACCCUAAGUAUCGCAACACCGAUUUCAACAAGCGGCUAUUACGCAAGAAGGCAGAUUUGAAACGUUGAUAUAA